AUGUAUUGGCUAAAUAGAACUGAGAAGGCAAGUGCAGCGGCAAGGUUUAUCGCUGCAAGUGCACUUGAUGAAGUUCGGGCUGAGAAGGUAAGCGUAGCGGCAAAAACUCUCGCCUCAAUUGCACUUACUGAGGCUCAAAAAGGAGUUGCAGCGCCAAACACUCCCGUUACAACCACACUUGCUGAGGCUCAAAAAGCCGCCGAAGCGAUUCGCAAACAAACCACAGAAAUGGCCCAAGAAGGGAAUGCGAUUGUCAGGGUGGACCCGCUUGGAGAGGAUGAUGCUGUGGAGCUAACGGCGCAGUAUAGGACAGGGAGGGUGGGGGAGUCGAUGGAGAGGUCCUUGAAGGAGAUAGAGGCAUUGGGCGUGGGGAAGAAGAAGAAGAAAGUGAGUCGGAGUGAGGAAGUGUCUGCCCAGAAAAGGAGGAGGGAGACGAGUGUGAAGGAAACCAGUGCGGCCGAGGGGGCUGAAGGGGGAGAAGUGGAGGGUGUCCCAGGAAAGAUAGGUGGCCCAGAAGUGGUGGAUGUUGCCCCAGAGGGCAUGGAGGUGGUGCCAGUGGUGGCGGCGAUCACCGCCGGGGUCGCAAAGGCUGCCCCCGAAAGGCAAGUGGAGGACGAGGCUGCUGGCCCUAGGCCAAGGAGGGGGGAACAGCCCCAAGGGGGGCUUGCACCUCAAGAAGGAGGAAUCAGUACGACCACAGCAAUCUACCAUGCUCGUGCGGUGGCGGGGCGGCUGGAGGGAGAAGAAGGCCCAGCCAGGGCAGGGGCAGACCGUCUUGUAAGGAUUGUAGAAGAGGCAGCCCUAUGCUCGGCCUCCAGAUUCAACGAGGCUGAACUGUUAAGGGGGUUAUACUCCGCUCAAAUAGAGAAGAAGUUGGACGAGGCCCAAAGAGCCUGCGCCGUCGCGGUCGAGCGACAUGAAGAGGCUAUGAGUAGUAAUGAAGAGCUGGUGAGGCAAAAAGAUGAGGUUAAUGGCAAAGUGGGCGAUCUUCAGAGGGAACUGGAGGGCGAGCGCGCCAAGGCGGUGGAGGAGAAAUGGAGGCUUCAGAGGGAGUUAGAAGCAGAGAGAGUGCAGGCGACGGCGGAGAAGGAGAGCCUGAAGAAGGAACUGGAGGCGGAGAAGGCAAAGGCGGCAUCGAAAAGGGCGGCCCUACAGAAAGAGCUGGACGAAGAGAGGAUAAAUGAGGCGUGGGCGAAGUGUGUGUAG